GGAGCACAGUAGGAAGGAGUAUAUCAUCACCGUCAUCAUCAUCACCGUCAUCAUCAUCACCCACCCAGGAUUACCAUAUUAGGCAGGGAGCCACAGGCUCAGACUCACUGCCCUCUACUUCCUUUGCUUCUUCCUUUUCUUUUUUUAGAUAGACCACCGCCACCACCACCACCACCACCGCCACCACCAAUUUGACAAUAUCUUUAGCUAAGUAGCAUGGAUUUGUGCAUUAACAACUACUCAUCUUCUACUACUAAUUCCCACAUGUUGUUGUCUUUUGGAAGUGAAAUGAUAAUAAUUACUGAGCCCAACACCCCCACCAUGGCAUCAUCAUCAUCCUUCUAUCCUUCCUCUUUCUUCUGUGCCAUAUCAAUCACUGCUACACAAAAUGCUUUGAUAUAAUAUUAAUACACAUUACUUCUCCUUCUUCUGUAUAUUUUCUUGGGUUUCUCUCUUUUUACCUUUUUUUUCUUUGAACCAAUUUCUCUCCUCAAUCCAAUAGUAUUGGAAGCAAGCAAGAAAAUGCUGUGUGAUUCAUUCGUCACUGCCGUUACUUCAUCAACAGCAACAACCAUGCCACCACCAGCAGCAGCAGCUUCUUCUCAUGUUUUGCCCAUCAGGUAUGAUCAUGAACAACAUCGGCGGUGGAGGAGAAGAAAUGGGACUUCUAUUGUUUCAGUUUCAGUUUCAGUUUCAGCUUCAGCUUCCCCUCUUUCAAUCAAUCAGAUGAACAUGGACUCUUCUUCCCGUCGUCUCAAAAAUUAUCAGGAGGUUGUCAAGUCUGCGAGGGACAAGUUUACCCAGGAAAUCUCCUUCCAAUCCAAGGACAAAGACAUUUCUCUUGCUAAGGCUUUGCUAUACAUUGCAGCAGAAGAUGAGGCAUUUAUCUCUCUCAAUCAAGAGAUGGAUGCUUGCUCACUCCUGAAUGAGAGGAGAGCUGUUUCAGCUGCAUUGAAUUCCCAGGAGUGGGAUUGUGUGGAGCAGAUGCCUUUAGCUGGAAAGACUACAAGUCAAUGGGUCAGUGAGUUGGACAACAUUACCAAGGAUGUCGAAGCAGAGCUAGUUUCAAGAGACAUAGGUUGCCAUUUGGUUGAACUUUUGGAUGCAGUGAAUUUAGUUCUUUUUGAGUUGAGAGGCUUCAAAAGAUCACCUGUUGUUGUAGAUUCCAAGUAUUCAUACUUGCACACAGUAUUAAGCACCAGAUGUGGCAGUGCAAUUUUGCUUAGUAUAAUUUACAUUGAAGUUUGUAGAAGACUUGGUCUGACCAUUGUGGGAUCUCGAGUUGGGGAAGAUUUUUUGAUAUGGCCCCAAAUGGGGAACCUGGAGGAGCUCUUCAAGGUAACUUCAGGACACAGCUUGUUUGCAAUUGUCAACGGAAGGUGUGUUGAGGACCCUAGAUCAAAGGCAUCAGAUUUGACUGGAAAUUCUCUUUUGGGGCUCGAGAUAGCUACGAAACGAGACAUUAUUGGCAUUGCUCUGGCCAAUUUGAUUAGGCUUCACUGGAAACGUGCUUCGAGAUCAAAUCCUGGUUUGAUGCUGACUUCACCACUUAGGCGUGCUCCUAACACUGAUGAAAAACUUAACAGGAUCCAUAAUUCAAGUAUUCCUUUGCUUCGGCCUCAUGAUCUUAGGCUGGCUAUCAUGGCUUCAGAAAGAUCGUUGAUUCUGCAACCACAUAAUUGGGCUUUGAGGAGAGACCAUGGCAUGAUGUUGUACUAUAAUAGGAAAUAUGGUCAGGCGGUGCAAGAGCUUAGCAUUUGCAUGGCGUUUGCCCCAGAAGAAGAGGCCAAGGUCCUAGAAGCAUUUGUAGAGAAAUUGCACCUGUUGCGGCUUGAAUCGUCGUGGAAGUCUUUGGGACACACAGGUCAACUAACAGUUCCUUGAGGUGUUUGUACAUAACCCUCCCUCCCCCAUUUCUCUAUGUAACUUACAUGGAUAAUCAUACAUGGGAAUUGCUUGAAUGCUCUUCAUCAAGAAUAUUCAAGUUGCAUGGUAUCGAGCAUAGUAUUAAAAUAUAAAUGUAACAUUUUUCAUGCUAUUGAAUACAGAAUGAUCAUUUAGCAAGGGUGCUUAA